AUGACGGACACGACUGCUAGUCCUGGCAAAAACUCUAACGUCACAAAGUACAAGACAGAGCUCUACCAAAUGGGUCAAAUCCCAUCCUUCGACGACCCUGACUGGCAAAGUCUCCCCCGUCCUACUCAAGCACUCCUUAACGAUGCGCAUAGGCAACAAACACCCCUCAUCGACACGCUCAGGAAUCUCCUAAAGGCAUCAGACUGCAGAACACGGUUCACCCUUAUCGGCCGUCCAGUGCCCAAGAAGAUGGAAAGUGUGGAGGAGAAACUCGCAAGACCUAAAGUGCUGUCAAAAUCAGCAAAAUCGCUUCCUCUAACUGACGUCAACAACGAUUUCAUCUCUAUAAGAUUUCAAGUCGUCACACCAGAGGAUAUCAAACCACUUGCUGAUACCAUCCGAGAUGUAAUCAAGAAAGCCGACGACACAAUCUACGUGACCGAAGACAGAAGCUUCCUCGACGCAAGAAAGAUGCCAACAGACUUGAUCUAUUUUGCUUCCAUGUAUUCGCAAAAGGCGGGCUACAUCGCUGAAAUUCAGAUUGGGUUGAAGCUUGCCUUUUACGCCUUGAAACAAGAAUCCAUGGCGCGGAACGUGCCUGAGGAGCGACUGCGUGUCGACAAGCUAUGGGAGUUCUACCAUCAUGUCAAGCAAUUGGCUCUAAAGUUCCCAAGCGGCAUUGUAAACAUCGAGGAAAAUCUUGAUAGUCUCCAGGCAGUCAUGUCGGACUAUAUCACGUGGCUGCAUGCGUAUGAUCCAAAGCGUGCCCUGGAGGAAGAUCGAGUCCUCGAAGAGACACUGAGGCCGUGGAUGGAAAUUAGCUAG